AUGUUAGGCAUUAAUAACAACAGCAGUAUCGAUAUCUUCCUACACACAUUUGGCUAUUUACUUAUUCUUGGUUGGUCUCUCUUAGCAACAUUCCAUAUACUUGGUCUGUUUUACGGAUUAUACAAAUUCCAUCGAAAACCAUCACAUAGUAAUCUCAAAGAAUUACCAGGUGUUUCAAUAAUUAAACCAUUGACGGGCAUUGAUACAAAUCUCUAUGAAAAUUUAAAAACCUUUUUCAAUCUUCAAUACCCUCGGUAUGAAAUACUUUUCUGUGUGCAAGAACACGAUAAAGAAUUGAUCGAUUUACUCGAGCGAUUACGGGAACAAUAUCCACAUGUCGAAUCGCAAUUAUUUGUUGCAGGAAGUGAUUUUGAAGUGAAAAUACACGAGAACGAUAUCGAUGAAGAACAAGGAAGCGAUCGGACACCGUUGGUAACUGGUUCGACUGAGGAUCUGUCACGACGACAACGAAGGUCGAUAUGGAAACGACUUUUCUGUUGCGGUUCACUUUCGCAAAAGUUAUCCGGUGAUAAAUCAUCCAAAAGUGGAGUUACGGAAAUUCGAAAUCCAAAAAUAUUUAAUAUGCUCCCUGCUUAUGAAAAAGCCCAAUAUCCGUACAUAUUAAUAUCAGAUAGCGGUUUGAUGAUGCAUGAAAAUACUUUAUAUGAUAUGGUUAUGUGUAUGACUGAUACAGUUGGUCUUGUUCAUCAAAUGCCAUUUACUUGUGAUAGAAAAGGUUUUGCUGGGUCUGUUGAAAAGGUCUAUUUCGGUACUCAACAUGCUCGUAUGUAUAUGACAAUCAAUUUAAUUGGGAUUAAUUGUGUUACUGGAAUGUCUUGUUUAAUACGCAAAGAAUGUAUUGAUCAUGUAGGUGGUCUACGUGCUUUUGGCCAUUAUAUAGCAGAAGAUUAUUACAUUGCAUACGAGGUUGCUAAACAAGGUUGGCAACUACGUGUGGCAUCUUCGCCUGCUCAACAAAACUCGGGCGAAUAUUCUGUAUCAACAUGGAUCGACCGAAUGGUUCGAUGGUGUAAAUUAAGAAUGCGCUUGAGCCCAUUGGCAUAUUUAGAGCCUCUCCAAGAAUGUUUUUCGUCCGCUAUCUUGGCAGGUUUAGUAACAAACUAUUUAUUUGAAUGGAAUGCGCUCGUUGUUGCUGCCUGCCAUAUCCUUAUCUGGUUUAUCCUUGAUUAUUUGAUGCUUCGAAUAACUCAAGGCGGUGCACUUCCAUUUUCGAAAUUUGAAUUCGCAAUAGCAUGGCUUGUGAGAGAACUUUCUUCGUUUUACAUAUAUUUCAAAGCAUUCACGGGCUCAUCCACGGUCAAAUGGCGUGGAAAAGAGUAUCGUCUCGGUUCUGGUACACGAGCUGAAGAACUGACUCCUACACCUUCCCCUCCACCUGCCCCAUCCCUUCUUGUCGAAUCAUCUUCAUCAUCUAUGUCAACUUCCUCUUCAUCGUCUUCCUCCUCAUCGACUAAUUCCAUAUCACCUGUGGCUGGCCCACACAUUCUUUCAUCGUCCCUAUCUACGAAACAACCAUCUCAGAUUGUCUAG